CGCACGCCCACACCCAUCUAACAGGUCCUGUUUCUAUCUUCCAGACGUCCGGCGGUCUCUCCAACCCGCCCACAACACCCGUGCUAAACCAUUUGACCCGCGCUCCUUUCAUCUUUUUUAUAUUCACACUUUCUUCUCCGUUUUCUCUUCGGCCUCCAAAAUUCCCUCCUUUUCCCUACUCCGCUUCCUUCCUUCUCCUUCUUGUUCACUCUACUUUCAUCCUUAUCGCCUUCACACACAAUGACAAUCGGCCUCCUGACGGGGCAGCAGCGGCCCAUUCUGAUGUCCCCGCGAUGGACGAUCACGAACCAGGUCUCGCUGCCGACGGGGUCCAACUCAGCGCCUGACCGUGCGGCGAGAUACAUUCACGCCGUUCAGUUCCUCUUCGUCGCGACACUCUCGCUCAAGGACCUCUUCCCUCCUGACGAAAGGAGCGGCGGAUCCCGAAGCCUGGGCGAGGACCAGCUCAACAUCUUCCACUCUAUCGAGGACUCGCUGGCCAGCCUGGGAGUGGACGGCCGCUCGUGCCUCCUGCGGCUCAUCUGCGAGCUGCAGGGGAACGCCAUCGGGAGGUACACCGUGGUCGGGGAGCUGCUCACUCUGCUGUUCACGCCGAAGCGUGGAAUGAAUGACUUCCUGCAUGACUACAUUGAGGCCGAAGACGCCGGGAGAGACGGGGGCGACUGUGCCUCCAGAUACCAGGCCUGUCCCUUUUCUCUGACGGGAACGCUCGAGAGGUACCGUCGGUAUAUGGAGAGCGUGUCCUCGAUCGACGACAAGCCGACGGAGGGCCACCGGCCAUUCGCAAACACAAUCGGGAACGACCACUUUUCUCUCCCGAAGGUCGUCGUCAACUAGCCAGCAAGUGAAAACUUAAAACGUGUUGAGGAAACAAAUGAACGUCGUCUGAGACUAAUGGAUUAUUUUUACUUGUAAUUAUAUAAAUAUAUUUUUGGCGCGGGAUACUGUUUACAUCAUAUGUAAACGAAAAAGUAUAGACAAACAAAAAAUACGAACACUCGCACCCAAACACACAUCUAUCUGCCUGUUUAUCUAUCACUGUCUAUCUCUCUACAAGCAAGUCAUAAAUCCAAGCCCACGCGAAGUAUGAAACAGACACCACAAUCCACUUACCGGGACACACACUACAUUUCUUAUCCACAGGUAUGCUGAAGUAAUACAUAACAAGUAUUUUCAGAAUGACCUGUAAUAAAGACUCACAAGAACAUAUCCAGAAGGAGGGGGUAAAGGGUGCAUUACGCGAGUGCAACUGAACAGAUAUUUUGUCACUAUCUGUUGCUCAAGAUUUGUAUUUUCAUGCUAUACCUAUGGAUGUUAAGUGUCACUUUCUUUGUAAGCGAUUUUUGAUAAUCGAUGUCAGGUUUAGCUUGGCGCUAAAUAUUGUCAAUACUAUUGUCAAGAGAUGAUGCACAACAAUGUUAGUGUUUGGGAACACGAACCGUUGUCAUGAAAUAAAUGUUUUUA